AUGCUGCUCCGAGGUUUGCGCCACUUCGUCAAACCCAUCAGAAGAAUCCUGCAAUCCAACGUUCCGUUAUCUCCAUGCUGUGCUUAUAAGUCAUCUUCCUCACGCGAAUUGUAGGCACCGCGUUUUCUCUGACCAUCCAGCGUUAAGCUUACUUUCGUUUGGCCAUUUAACGGUGGAAAAAAGACGGUCGAUGCUAAAGUUGGAGAUACUUUGUUAGAUGCCGUUCUGGAUAAUGACGUUGACAUUGAUGGUUUCGGUAAGUCUCAUUAUUAACUUGACUCCUCAGGAGCAUGCGAGGGCACGCUGGCCUGUUCUACUUGCCAUCUCAUCCUACCAAAAAAUAUUUACGACAGUCUUCCGAACAAGCCAUCAGAGGAUGAAAUGGAUCUGCUAGAUAUUGCGAUGGCAACUACAGAUACGUAAGUCAGCGGUGUUUAUGUUCUAGCACGCAAUUCCAGCUAAUUAACACCUUUCUGAAGUUUACUAUCUCAGCCUUGACCGUACAUCGAAUCUCUUUUUGCACGUUCUUUCUAUCGUGCUGCAUCGUAAUUAAGAGUACUUACUGCUGUGGUAACUCCCGUUUCAUCGGACGAUUAGUGGCUUUUGUGGAAUGAUUAUUAACUAAAGGACAUGCCCUUUUGCAUCUGAAUGCGUACUUGCUUCUUUCCACACUUCUAAAAGUCACUGGGUCUAGAGCAGCGUACGCGAACCUGUUCAAUCUUGGGAGACUGUGAAUGAUUAUCUCUAUGAGUGCUUUAAUACCUUUCCUGCGGUUUUUCCAAAUAAAAAAGCGGAGACGUGGGAAUGCAGGUACGCGAAAAAAAUGCUUACUAGGAAAAGGCUUAUACUGAUUGCAAACGUAAAGAUACUGCACAGAACUCGAACAGCGCAGCUGAAGGAUUGUAUAAAAUGCAGAAUACCAGGAAUCCGUAGUAGUAUGUCGAUAUCGACGCAGUAUGACAUUAAUGUCAUAAGGGACAUUCAGUUGGGAGGGGAAGUUUGUUUGUCCUUACAACGAAAUAAAAAAUAUAGUGAAAUUUAUAAAUUAGAAGGGAGUUAACCCAAGAAAUAUGGCUUAAAGUCACAUAUGUUCCUUGGGAAAGGGAGGAAACUUCAUCGGGCGAAUUCUCGAUAUUGGUCCCUUGGGUAGUUUUUAGAACGUUUGACGUACUCAAAAAAUCAAUGUCCGUUCGGUGUUUGUGCCAUCGAGCGACAGUCGUUCGCGUCAUUAUGCAUUGAGUAGUUCUUGUCUCAUCACGGGAAUUAAAUUCAUACUCGAGACAGGAGUCGACAAUAAACUCCCGUUUCUAGAUGUCCUCGUACAGCGAAGGGCUGACGGAACAUUGCGCACAUCCGCUUGUCGCAAAGAAACUUAUGCAGAAUUGACUCUGCAUCAUAAAAGCAAUAACCCAACCUCUCACAAACAGUGCACCGCCAACAGUCUGCUCCAUCGGGCUAAAUUAUCUGUUUGGAUUAUUUUCCCAAUACGGUUAUCCUGAAGAUUUUUCAUACCGAUGGAUGGAACAGCAAGAGUCAGAAGAUGAACUAGAUAGUUCUAUCAGGCGCCCAGAGUAAAUACUUGGCGAAUCCUUCUGUGCAUUAAAAAUGUGUCUGAAAUCGUUGAAAACACUCGAGAAAACACCAAGUACAAGUGACGCACAAACUGACGACUACUUCAUGCAUUCAGAUAGUACAUUCUAAAGACAGAGUUGACUAUUUUGAUAAGAAUAAAGUCGUCAACAAGGUCUCAUGCGAUGCCUGCGACGCCGUCUAUUGUAACUAGGCGGGAAAUCCACCUCUACGCGCACCCAUGGGCAUCAACUGGCAGUUAAGAGGCUAGGUCAUCUAGCUCAAGUGGCCAUUGCGUACCCUAGAUACCUGGCACACGUUUGUCUGGGGCGAACCUCGCGUCUUCGGCCUCUGUCAUACCAAGACCGAGGUUUUAUCAAAACCGUGCAGUCAGGUGAGUCAUGCAUCUGUCGGCAUAUUAAGUUUGAUGCCGUGUUCAAAGAUCUCGGAAAAGUGGAAGAGGUGGGAGCCGAUCCAUGCAUCAUGACUGACGCGGCGGCGGCUGCUUACUGACGCAAAUCCGAAAAAGUGCCGCUUUCUGGGCGCUUCUGCAGUGUUAACCGUUUUUUUGUACAUUUACUCGAUAUCUGACGACCACCUGGAGAGCCAGUGCCGAAAAUGUACCCAAUAGAGUUUCCUACUUAAUGAACAUUUUCGGCUUUAAAUAGUAGAAUGUGUACAUUGUGCGCGAUAAAUGCUGUCAGUACGAAUUGAUAUUGUCUUGGGCUAGUGUGAUACGCGGGCGUUACAGCAUGAAUUUGUUGUUCAUAGAAAGCUAGAUUUUCGAUAGUAUGAUUGCAGCUCCGUGUGAUCUGUUCGCUUGGUUAAUUAAUCAAUGAAUGAUUAACGCCCGCUUCGCUACAAUCAUCAGUUUUUCCCGGAGACUUGGGUCUCUAGACUGAGCUCUAAGACGACGUCAUGACCGCCUGUGUUGGAGGGGUGCUUGCACCUUCAGAUGCGUUGAGUAAUCGACUAGUAAGCAAAUAACCUCACAGACCGAGUUCUUUGCCGCCAAAUUAUUUGAAGGAUCUUCGUUUCCUAGGCAAAUCAAAGGAAUCAGGCCAGUUGAUAAUAUCCGAGUAGCAAUUGAGAAAACUUCGUGUACAGUAACUUUAUUUUCUCGCAUUUUGGAUAUUAUCUAGUGUGCCGAGCAGCAGACCUCAGGCAUUACUCGGGCGCUAGGUUUCGGUUAAUGGUGGUCCGUAGUUCGUCAGCGGAGUCUGAGUAAUUUGGUGUCCAUAAUUUGUACGCACAUUAAACUCUUAGUUCAAGCCAAAUGUUAAUACAAGAGCAAAAUUUUGCUCAUUUACUACCAGGUUCCAUUAACUUAUCUACAUAAAAACUUUAAACCGGCUUUUCUCUUUGAGGUCUGACCACUCAUCUGACCUCAGUCUUAAUGUCAUCGGUCAAUAAAGGCACUUAUUAGAGCUUACCACCACCUCUGAAAAAGAGGCUGAGAGGACUGUAAACUUUUCGGAUAACCUGCUAUCAGGCAUACGCGCAAAAUAGUCCGACUAAUUAGGAGAAAUUUAAUGCACCCUGUAACGCCUUCGGAUUUGUCAUGGGCGUAAAGAUUUUCCACAAGACUGACAACAACUGCUUUGGCAUAUUCACCACGACCCAACCUCAUACUGAGAACUUCGACCAUAGUCAGGUUGGUGAGACAUGGCUUGUUUUCGAAAAAGUUACCUUGUUUGAGAUCCAGGAGGCUGUCUUCUCAACAGAUGUGUGGACGAUCGCAGACAGGAUGUCCCGUAACUUGGCACAGGACGCCUUUAAGGCUGUCUAAACUAUCAUUAACCAGGAGGUUUUUACUAGCGGACUGACAAUGAUCUGCUACGAGUGUUUCUGAACGAAGCCGGGUAAAAAGCCCGCAUGAGAAAGUGUCUUGCGGACUUUUUUUUAUGAUGACAGCCUUGUUUGACUCCCUGAGCCACCAACAAGACAUUUACGGUGUGAUUUAUUUUCUGACAUCGGUAAUUUUGAUGGCAACGAAGUUGAAUUAAACAUAUUUUGGCCCAGUACUUACUUGUACGUGUACUUGAAACGGCCGCGAUCAUGCCUGAUCUAGUCGGCCUCGAUGAUCUCCAGAACUGUACCUCUCCACGCGUGACGUUCCGUGGCAGCAGAUCUGGACAGUUCAACCCAUUCCGCCAACGACGGAGACCGAAUACCGAAAGUCUAAGAACCACCUCCAUGUCAUGACGAACUGUAUCGAGUCAGGUUUUGAGCUGGUUCCCUAUUAGACGCCUCCAAUAGGGUAACGGUACUGAAUCGAAGACGGUAACACUGAGCUCCCGAGGUGGACGACGAAAAACAUGCCCAAAUCACCUCAGUCGUCUUUCUUGGGUGGCCUAGGUUAUCCUUGCGAUGCUGUCGCAGCGCGUGCGGACUGUAUCAUUUGAGACGAAGUCGGUGUACUUUACGCGAAGGAUGGUCCUCAAGCAGUGGUGGUCGAAAUCCUCCAGUUUUAGCUCGUCCUCCACGCGCACAGCUCAGCAUUCGCAACCAUAGAAAAGUACAGACCGGACAUAUGCACAGUACACGCGAUGGCGAUGUCGCGUCGAAUCCACAGGCGUUUUCGAAGGUUUGAGAAAACCCGUCGCGCAGCAUCGAUUCGGGAGUCAAUGUCGUCUUUACUUUGUCCAUUCCGUAGCAGCCUCACCCAGAGGUAUUUAAAAUUGUCUACUUCUUCAAGUUGACAGCCAUCGAUCCCGAGAGGGGCCUUCUCCUGGUCAGGAAUGAAGCUUAAAAACACAUUAGUCUUCCCAGCGUUUACGGAUAAACCGACCGAUUGAGUGACCUAGUUCACCCGUGACACCAUAGACCACAGAUCACCAGAACUUGCUGCUCGUAAGGCAAUAUCAUCGGCAUAGUUGAGAUCAGUCAGUCGGUGUCCGGGUACAAACUCAACACCGUCACCUUUGUGUAGGACCCUCCCGAGAAUCCAGUCGUCAUAGGAAUGCAAGCAGCUGAGCCUUUUCGCUGGCAUACGUAUUUUCACCUAAUUGUGAUGUUAAAUGUUUCUCAACUUGCGCCUUUGCACUCACGUAAUGUGUUCGAAGCUGCUCAUCAACGUCUCUGGACAACUCUAGGAGGCAUCGUGUCAGGUGACAACCGAGUACACUGUUGCUUCAUGGCUGAUCAUAAACCCAACAGCACUCUCUGCCGUUGACGAAAUAGUGAUCUUACCGUCUGAGUUUUUCUUCGCUGAUAGCUGCGCAAUCCUAUAACGUAGGGUUUAGAUUUUCCAAAGUCGUGGAAAUAAUCCUCUACUUUUUGAUUGUUUUUGUAUGUUCAAUCGGAAAUUUUCGGGAUAGUCUUCCGCCAUGUGUACACAUCUCGAAUUGUUUUUGGUCGAAUAGUAUUCCGACGUAGUUGACAUAAUCUCCGCGCUUGAAACCCUUGUUAGACAAAUCAAAUAGUUUAAAAGCGAACUACGAGGUAGAAUCAAGUCCAAUAGAAUCACCGUUACAUUUACGUUAGGAUGAACUGAGGUCAACUUUAACUUCUAUCGCUCGUUUCCUCUGCUGUUGAUCUCUCUUACGCCUCUAGGUUCGUGAGGAAAUUUUCUUUAUUUCUAGACCACAAAAUGUGAAUGUAGGGAACUAACUAAUAUAUCAGAUACAGUUACUUAUGCCGAUAUUGAAAACGUACACUUUCCGAACAAUAAACAGACUUUUGGGGUUAUCGAAUUUCCUUACUACAAACAGUAUGUCUGUAGUUAAGGAAAUUUCACCAGGGGUCGCGUUAAAGAAAGUGGGGAGAUGUGUGUCAGCCGUUAGCCGACGCAGAGCGGCUAACUCCUGAUUCGGUUAGUACAUGAAACCACCCGCUAGGGGCCGUGUCCUUGUAGGUGAAUCAGUGCACUCCUGGAGGACCAGUGCCCGAGGACCCAACUAACGCCGGUAUCGUCCACACUGUAGCCGCACAUCCAACCACCGCAUGCAGUCACGUGCGCACACAGUAAAUCCACUUUUCAGUAUUGCCCACACCUUUUCGACUGCCACUCUUGUCGGUCACCAGAGGGUCUCCGCCUUCGAGCUAUUCUCACGACUGCAGACACACACGAGUCCACUAACUAUCACUCGUGGUUGAUUUCUUUCACAAGAGAUGCAGCAUUUCUCACAUUGCCAUCUAGUCUGAUCGUUUCACCGGAGUUCUUAUCCCUGUGGCGGCGUUUGCUGUUACCUAGCACUUCCUUAGAAGUACUUUAGAGCGUUUGAUUCUUUCCGUGCCAUUUUUUCCAGUAAAUGGCGCCCCGGAGGCUGCCAAGCGUCUGUCGGAGUAUCAGAAUCCUUGUACUUCUUUACGGGUUCUAUCUUCUUCAGCAUACAGUCUGUAUGAUGCCCGAACUCCCACAGGGGCGUAUUUAGACUUAUAUCCGCUGCGGGUCUUGGCGCCACUCGCCACACGGAAACCACGCAGUUAGUUACAGCAGCUUUCUCAGACAGGUGUAUGCUCGAUGGAUUUUAAGGUUGAUCAUUAUCAAGGUCCUCCGCGAUUAGGUAUCUCCCGAGGAGUCGAAAGCAGGUGUUUGUGACGACCAAACGGUUCGGCGCAUCGUAGUUGGCAAGCUUUUCACCAUUUGCACUACAGUUUUGCACAGCUCAGUGGCCAAGGAAUCACCUGGUAGAUGCAUCUCUUUUUCCUGUACCGACGUUCCAUUCAUCCUCAAUGUGGUAGGAAAUAGAUCUGACAGCAGUCUUCAUGAAAGGCCUCUUUCUGUGUAUAUUCCCCGCAUUCAUCAUCACUGCGUGCGUGGACACUUGUGGCGAUAAAAUCACGAAGAUGCAUAAACGAGGCCUUAUGCUAAUCACUCAGAGCACCUGCGAAACUACUUACACCGCAGUUAUCAAUGGCACCACCGUAGAAGGGGUGGGAACAUUAAUCAACGUCUGGCACCUCGGAGUUGCAUGAACCUGAUCCGACAAGCGCACCUCGGAGGGGACCGCAGCGUCUGUAUUGUACUGCACUGACCCUCACGUAGUAAGCCUGUGCGUUGCCAAUGCAAGGUGAAUUCACACCUCACAGCCUGCGGUGUACAGUUUUUUUUAACGAGGCCGGCUUACAGACUCACCAGCAGAUAUCUGGAUGCGUCGGUCCCCGUGGAUUCCAAAGCAUCAGCCGAGAUUAAGGAUUAUGAGAUCUGCAUGAAAUGGAGGUCCACGAGUUCGGUAUAAGUGAGAUUCACUAGUACUCUAUUCGUUCUUCGUAUAAAUGCUCAAACUGCAAGACAGAUGUGAUAGAAAAGGCUUACUUUACGGCAGCCUAUGCCCGCUACGCCACCACAGCACCGCACUCGGGCUGUGUGGAAUGUUACAGUACAGUCAAUUUGCCAACCCUCAACCUUCCGCAGUCACAGUCACAGGUUGCUUAUCGAUUUUUAUGCAAGUGCACUGGCUCUUACGGACAUUAACUUGGCAACAUUACGAAUGCAGGAACACAAAUCUGCGGUGAGUUGUGGUGACCAACCCUCCUAAUUUGGUUGCUACUUGACGAAUACAUCACAGUUUGGAUUUCUCCGACAAUCACCUAACUGCCAGGGCCCUGGAAAACGGCCCCAUGUCACUGGAAACACGUGAUACUCGGUCUAUACCUUGUGAGGUUACAUCGUGUGAAGUUGCUGCACGUGUUAGUCGAAGUCGUCACGCCUUGCUGGCCACUGCACGCAAUCUCAUCUCCAGUCGGAUUGAGUCGGAUUUGCCGCUGGAAUGAAGGAGUAAGAGAGACAGAGGUCAUUCUAGGUCAGAUCAAGCUUUUACCUCCUUCGUUGCAACCAAGUUUGCAUUUAACCGCCACUACACGUUAAUAAUCAUGGUUUGGAAGAUUUCCAACUGACGCAAUAACACGCUUCCGCUUAGUACUGGGGCAGGCUGCCUGGCUUCCUUUGGUGUGACCUUUGUGGUUCUCUAGCUUGAAAUCCCUGAUCGGGGGCGGCACGUGUGCAGUGUGCGUAGACGUGGCCCUCGCCCCGUAAACCACUGCACCCGUCCCAUUUCGAGUUACGAGUCUAUCUUGACAUUGGAACAUGGUGGGUGUGGAAAGGCAGAGUGAAGUUGAUGCGGCCAGUUCAUGCUCACCUCAGCGUUGCGCCCUGUUCAAGGCAAUUGUAGUCCUUAUCGCUUGCGACAGUCGAGUUCGUUGCUAUCUUCUGGGUAAAGAUUGCAACAUUGCAAGGUAAUAGACCGUUUUUGUUUAUACCAAAGACUGAAGAUCUCUCAUAUUCGUUCGCUGUUGUCUCUCAGUACGAGCCUUCUGGUUCGGUAUUUGUCUACCUUGAGGAGACGGUUAUGUUUGCGAAAGGUAGUAGCAUACUUAGAGACCUCAUUUACCUACAGUUGUCGGACAAUGACGCAGGUGAAACUAGUCCUAAACUGGCAAGUCAGUAAGUAGAAUGUCACGUGGUAUUGGCCCCGAUUGCCCGACGACGUACGUGAAUUCCAAGUUAAAGGCCUCGUAUGUGGACUUCAUAUUAGUUGAGUGUGAAUGAUGAUGAGAUGCUACCGACGGCUAAUAAGCCAGAAAUGACCAUUCCGGUCUCCCUUGUCUUUGUCGGUAUCAUCUCAUCUACUUCUACUACCAGUCACUGUGCGACUGCCUGCGAGGGUUCUAGUAUGAGCCCAAAGGCACACCGGAACGAGCAUGUUCCGUAGUCUGAUUGGUGAGCGCCUAUCUGUCACUCGUAUGCACCCACCUCUGAAUCUAUUCAACCCUAUGGGCAGAGAAAGGGGUCUCAGAAGUUCCUGUGCCAUACGUUGCGGUUACGUCCUAUGUUGAGCAUACCUGACUGUCCGCUCCUUUUUAGCGCUUAUAGCUUAACUUCCGGAGACUUUUCCAGGCUUUUUAGUGUUUGUGCGUAACCCUUUGAUGUCAAAAUUGAGUUGGGAUUUAGGAAACGACACCGCUCUCUCAUUCUUCCUCAUACCAGUGUGAUCAUGGCCUCUCUGGGAAGAGCCGACCGCAUGUCCCUUUUCCUGAUUUGAACUGGUGUAUGUGCAUGUGUCAAAAACUCGGGUCUGGCAACCGCUGAUAUUUUAGAAACCAAAUGACGUUUGGUAUCCCCGUAUUCCGCCCACCAGCCUGCUAAAUGUCUUAUUCCUUGCGUUUUGAGUGCCGAGGCUGAACCUGUUGCCUAUUACUUUUAAAAUUGAACACUUUACUUACCAUUUCACAGUAGAUGUAGUGAAUCUAAUUUUAUAAUUGUCCCUUGCUUAUCGUUGGACUAUCCGACGUACCCCCUAGAUUGGCGAGCGCAAUGAUUUAUCCCAGAUUUUCUCACAAUUCAACUUCAGCGCACUCUUAUAUUUUCAAUGAAGCAAAAUUAUCUGUUGCUCGAAAGCGAAAUAAACUAUGUCUUCAGUAAUUGUAUUUCUCGUGCACACAGCUCUCGUCUGGGGUGUCAGGUUCGGGUUACAGCAGACAUGGAUGGUGCCAUCAUAAAAAUUCCUGAAGGAAUACUGGACUCUCGACUCUAGCACGUAGGUCUUUGCUUCCUUCAACCUCAUAACGUCGUGUUUCUAUGGAGUUUGCUUUGUUUUUUUUUCGUAUCCUCAUCCUGCUGCUGACAUUCCAAUUAACGAGAGUUCUUUGGUCCGCGUGAUCAUCGGCGAUAUGUUCUGACUUAAAUUAAAACCCAGUGUUUUUCGAACUGGAAUUUAGUAGGCCAUUAACAUCUUUCUCCUCAAGGCGUCCCAAUUCGGUCCAGUUUAUUGAGACGCGACCGUUUUGCAAUUUCCACCACCAUCGAAAUCGUCCACCACGGUCUCCUAUGAUCAAGUUAGUGCGAUCUGGAGUUGCUAUCGAUGUCCGUGAAAAGUCGCACGUGUUAUCGGCUUGCGCAUUACCGCCUCAUUUUUGCAAGUGCUAACAAAUUUACCGUACGCUAUCCGCAAGGUCCUUAUACCUGGAGUAAGAUCCGACUGUCUGGAAAACUUGUGUAUUUGCCAUAAGGCAAAAGGCGAGACCAACGGGAGUCCGGACUUAUAUGUUGGGGAGAGUUCUUCAAAACACUACACUGGCUUUUAUAAGGGUAACAAUGCAUCUUUUCCACUUUUGGCUCUCUGUAGUCAACUUGGUCGGACGUCAGGGCGUUAAUGGGUACGAAUGUGCUUAUUGUUUUGCUGCGCUGUUUGCUCAGACCCGACCAUUAACCAAACGUGCGUGCGGCACGCAUUUGCCUCAAACCCUAUGCCUCAUUAACUGUCGACCGACGCGAUAGAUGAACCGAUUCACAGUUGCAAGAACCGUUUGAACCGCCACCUGGGCGUAAUCUGUAGAUUUUUUCGCUGUAAGCCGUCGUGGUCUGGCCGCGUCAGGCGAAUCCUCAAACAACCGCCCUAUUGGCCGCUUUGGGCUCGCAACGCGACGAUGGCGAAAUACUGUUUCUGGCUGGUUGUCACCGGCACGCACCUCCUGUAUCUCCGCAAAUAUCUGGUAGCCCGGUAUUCAGAUGAUAAGAAUGCCUUCAGUCAGACUGACUGUAUUCAGCUCGCUUCAGGAUCUCGUUGCGGGGUGUGCGAUAUCAAAUCGAUGCGUGAUGCCGAAGAGGAAAGAAAGGAAGAAAGCGGUCUCUUGGGCCACACCUGUGGAGAAGCCGACCCGAAGCCAUGUGACCGGCGUAGUACAUUGUCUUACUGACACGCCCGCGAGGUCGAAAGCACCACUCAUGAGUAGCAAUGAUUGAUCAGUCCACCGUCUGACGAGGGGGAAGCCGACAAGCACGCUGGCUUAGCGGCAACCGCAACAUCCGCGAGGUGGACAGAAGCCACUUAAGUCCGCCAAUGGUCGAAAUCAAAGAGCCCAGAACCAGCUGACAGACAGGCCAAAGUAUGUGCGUCGAGCACGGUUAUAAUACCAGACAGGCAGCAAGAUUGAAUAAGUCGAGGCCAUCAGGAAAAACUAGCGAACCACUUGUGAUUUAAACGAAGAAGUUUGCGAAACGUCAGUACGAAUACAACUUGGUUCAUGAAAUCGCCCAUGGGCGCACACCGAUCUGUUGGCUUCACGAAGCAAACAAGCUCCGUAUGUGUGGCAAAGGUCACGAACAGGUAACCAAUUACCAGGCCGAAGUCGGUCAAGUCAUAAUAGCAGCGAGGAGGGACGACAGAGAAUGCGGGUAGAUUGAUACAGUACUGUUUCGGGCUUAUUUUGCCAACCAACGUCGGGAGACGUCAGAUCACCUGUGCCUGACACUUUAAAUACUACUAGUGUUCAAACUAUGCUGGGGCAAUUUUCUACCUGCGCGCAUAUGUAAGUCUCACGAUGGCGAGCAGCAGCGAGGCGAGACGUUAAAGAAAAACAACUCAACAGAGAAGGCACUCAACUCGGAAAAACGCCUCAACUCUAGCCACUUGUGAUCGGACCUUCAGCCUCUAAGCAGCGUACAACGCACACAGUUGUUGAAAACGUCAGGCGGUUGGCACGCUUACGUCAUCUCUUCUUUUUGUUCCCUAAAUGAACUGCCAUCUUAAAACUACUGACUGUUUACGCGCGGUGUUUUGGUGUGUGGGAAAAAUCACGCAAUGUUCCUUUCACCCGAUACGUGGACUGCCUCGAACGACGACGCCCAUCGCUGCCCCAGAAGGUGGGCGCGACCGUCACUUGCGUGUCCACAGUGUCGAUGCGUACGGCCUCAUUCCUUCCUUCCUUCCACACCGCCCUCCCCCCCGAUGGCAAACCAAAGUCAAGGUGAUGCACUUCCUGUCGGAAAACCACUACUCAAGCAGCUCGCAACUCACGCGGCUGUCCCCUCGCGAGAAUUUAGGUCUCAUGGGACUUGGCCGGGCACCGUCCUCUCUGAGCCUCGUCCUGCGAGCUGGCGUCAUUAAUUCCUCCGAAAUUCUGCUACGCCAUGUUCAGCCAUCUGCGUCUAGACUACUCUGCCUGUUCCAGGAAGAAUUUGUUUUAUUCGUAAAUACACCAUACCUGAUAAUAUAUUUCGGACGUUUCCUGCCAUUCAAUGAGUCUUUUAGUCUUGGCGCCUGCUGGCUUCCACCUGUCAGCGUGCGCAACCCCAAAUCCGAGUGACGUGAGAGGGCAGACGACCGAGAGCGUCUUGAUGUCUGGAGCGUUCGCCAAAGUUUUUGGUCGGUGCGGAUUGGUAUCUCUCGUCUCGUCUGUGCUGCACGCGCCGGUUGAUGAAGUUGUACGGGCAGCCAUUCUCACUGCGCAUCCACUAAACGUACUGUAGUUCAAAAGACAGUUUUGCGAGCAUACGUCUGUCCUCGUAAAUUCUCUUCAAGCCUGUACGUUUAUAUGGCUAUUGAAAUAAUGAAUCAACAGAUACGGGCAAGUAGAUACUUAUGCUGUAGCUCGGGUUUGGGGGGGGAGGGGGAGAGUGAAACACCAAAAUUCCAGUCAGCGCCAGGGAGAAGGUGGGCCCCGGAAAGGUGGCGGGCUCGGUGGCUUUGGGCCAUGGAAACUGUAUGGCCUGUAUGAAGUUCUUUGUGCUCACAGGACCGGUUUGCGUAACCCGAUUGAAGUCGAAUCUGUCGUAGCCAACAGACGCCGUUGAAGUGGUUUUGGAUAGAUUGGCGGAACCCUCUAAAUUACUCGGAGGGCCUCUUUGGCAUCCACAUACUGGUCUGUAUCUACCAUGUACGCGAAGAUAGCACUGUUUAUGUUAUUUCAUCCACCUUUCCCCAACCAUGCUGGAAGAUGCUCUCUUAUUAUUUUGGACAAAUGUCGACUCGUGCGGCCUUGUCUCCCGCUUCACUGCGCUGCGUCUCAACACUUCGAUAGAAGGCUUUUAUUCAAUCACGCUUGUGACUCAAUAGGUAAUUGUUGUUAAGACUUAGUACUUAAGUCAUUUUAGUUCUUAGACCACCCAAAUCUCCAUGGCUAAUUAGAGCAUCAUGUAAGGCCAGUUAGUUCCCUUAAUUCGUACAUUGCAUCUCAGGGGAGAUGAUGUUGUGAUAUCCUUUGUGUGCCAAUAUCCUGUCCCGUUCGAUGACGGUCCCGGUGAAGAGGUCCAUCAUCGGGCUCAUUGACCGCCCCCCUUCCGUAUUCAGCGCCGGAACUCCGAGUACAGUAGUUAGUCAGGUGGGGAACGCGCAGGCCAUUACUGCCUCCAGCGACACAUAUGACCGAAUGAUCACACUGUCAACCAGCAUCGAUGGUGAAAUCGCUACCAUUAACGGCACGAAUGCCGCCGAUCGGGCAAUCAUCGCACCAAGUGCGACCAUAUACAAUGAGUGCGAGGCGGGGCCGUCACUUUUGACAGGGUGUGUGUGUGUGGUGACGUAAUAAACACUCUACACCACCCUGUAUUGAAUACUCUUAACCGUUACUGCCCUUUGGUGAUGGUCCCCAGUAUGAAUCCUGAACGUUGAAACAUUGACAUUCUUCUUCUUAGAGUUGCGAAAAUUCCCACUGAAGAAUUCAAAAGACAGUUUGGCGAGCAUACGUCAGCCUUCGAUAAAUUUUCAUCAGGCAUGUAUAUUGCUAUCGAAAUGGCUAAAGGGAAAAAUGCGGGCAAGCAAAGUUAUUCCGUAGCUGAGGUUGGGGAGGGGAGGGUCUAAGUGGGUGAAGGACCACCAAAGCUCCCGGUGCUGACGGCAGAAAAAAAGAAGCUUUUCAUCAGGGUCCCGUUUCAAGGGGACGCGCCAAGUGAACUUCCAAAAAGGCGCAUAACUCAAGCUGUAUCACACACCUUUUCAGCAGCUGACGCCCGUGUACUCUUCUCCGCUAGUUCCAUCCGACACGGAGAGGGCAAGGACAGACUGCCAGCCCAGACCGCUUCUAUGUGUAUUUACUCCUUCACCUGCUCCUGUGGGGCAGAAUAUAUUGGUCGCACAAGCCGGCAUUUGUCCAAAAGAAUAAGAGAACGCCUUCCAGCAUGGUUAGGAAAGGACCAGAUAAAGAAUGUCAACAUCUCCAUCCUCGCCCACAUGGUAGACACAGAUCACUGUGUGGAUGCCGGACAGGCGUUCCGAGUGAUUUACAAGGUCCCGUCAAGCUAUCCAAAAUCACUUGGACAGCGCCAGUUGGCAACAGCAGCUGCGGCUGCAAUCAGGCUGUACAAACCAGUUCUAUGCGCACAAAAGAGCUUCGUACAGGCCCCACAGUUACCAUGGGCCAAAGCCACCCUGCCAGACACCUGUGUAUAAUUACCCGUCCCAGUGCCCACCAUCCCCUUCUCCCCGCCCCCUGACACCGACGGUACUUUUGUUUUUCACCUCAUCCACCCAGACCCUCCCCCCCCCAAACCCCGGCUACGGAAUAACUUUGCUUGCCCGCAUUUUCCCCUUUAAUCAUUUCGAUAGUAAUAUACGUGUAUAGGCCUGAUGAGAAUUUAUCGAAUGCUGACGUAUGCUCGCCAAAUUGUCUUUUGAAUUCUUCAAUGGGAAUUUUCGCAACUUUAAAAAUAAGAAUGUCAAUGGUUCAACGUUCAGGAUUCAAACUGAGACCCAUCACCAAGGAGCAGUAACAGUUAAGAGUAUUCAAUACAGGGUGGUGUAGAGUGUUUAUUACGUCACUCCACACACACACCCUGUCAAAAGUGCCAGCUCCGCCCCGCACUCAUCGCAUAUGGUCGCACUUGGUACGAUGAUUGCUCGAUCGGCGGCAUUCGUGCCGUUAAUGACAGCGAUUUCACCACCGAUGCUGGUCGUUAGUGUGAUAAUAUGUGUCACUGGAGGCAGUAAUGGCCUGCGCGCUCCCCACCUGACUAAUUACUGUACUCGGAGUCCCGCCUUUUGCCCACUGUCUCGAACAGUAAGGGAUUUCGGCUGGGAGCCACAGGCUUGUACACUUCUCUCUGCACCAGUUCGUGCGGCCUCAUCAGGAUGGUGGUAGAGCUCGUUAGCUACGGUUGUGCGCACGCACGACCUCCACCAUAUGUCUGCAUCGGGGCUGCUGCUGCUGAGUGCAUGUGUUCCCAGCUGAUCACUGAGUUUACCUGCGUGUGCGCGUGACAGACCAUCUGGGCCGUCGGCUGAGCGAGACAACGCCACUUGCGCACACCCUUUGCAACCCGGCAAGCCUCUAAGGUGGGGCCUGCGUGCGUGCGUGUGUGCGUGUGCGUGUUCCGAAAACAAGCUAUACUUUAGUGUCAAGGUGUGGCCUUCGUAAGUGGAGGCGCAAUGCGUGUUCAGCCGCUGCUGCGUCCAAGCUCAUCUUUAGCCGUCCUGACCAACGAGCGCUUCGUAGUCUGGGCACGUAGCGGGUCUGAGAGGGUUGUUUAAGUCGACUGAAGACACGUUACGCGGGGGAGAUCCGGAAAUGGGGCGGUGUAACCGCGUGUCAAUCUCUUGCUGCCGAUGACGUCCUUUUCAUUAUCGUUCACCAUCUUAUACACCCUCUUUGCCGUCAGCACACUUCCACGGCGCAGCGCUUUCUACUGGUAGUCCAGCAGACAAGCUGGGAUCAUUGCAUCCCCCGACUCCAGACGGAUCACCCGCACCUGUAACAAAGUUCCUUCUUGUGCUUUUGGACAUGUCUAGAGUUUUAGCCUGUUUAUUGACUGUAGUGUAUAGUUUUCUUCAACUCUAGUGCCUCUUACGACACCCUUAUAUUAGUAGAUGGGCCACCUCAUGGAAUGUUAACCGAAAUUAUGAAGUAUGUUUUCGACCUAAAAGAUUGCUUAAAUAGGGCCGUAAUAUUAACUGUCAUUCAGCAUAAUCCUAAGAUAUUUCAAUCACAACAGUAUGCCAGCUUCUGAAUGAGCUCCCUUUCGGCCGUCUCUACGAAAAUGAUUGCGUGAGCAGUGUUGAUUUUUCCCGCUGAUUUCCAAAUUCCAUACAAAUUCAGCUAUACUAUAUAGAAAACAUGCACAGAAUAUCCUGUCUUGUACUCAUUGAGCAGCAAGGUACGUUUUCUUCAAAUUGUAUACGUUAAAAGAGAGUAUCUUUCUGUUUUUAAAAACCUUUUCCAAUUCCGGAAUAAUUUUGAGCUCCUUCUGCCGAUCAACUUGGAUUCAGGUUGCCAAAUUACAGACUGUGUACAUUCUAUCAGGGGAGUAUUACACAUUUCUCUACGCGGUUAGGGAGACUUAAUAUAAGACUCAUGAAAUUGUGUGUUGGACGGCUGAUGCGAUGCUGCAUGAAUGGACUUUUUACAGUCCUAAAAAUCUCAUAAUUACACAAAUUUGUAACCUCAAAAGUACCCUUUAGGAGAAAACGUAGUUUUCUUCCAGGGAGAUACAAGAAAGAAUAUUUUUGUGUAUGUUUUCUAUGUAAUAUAUCUGAAUUUAUGAGGGUAUCAAAAAUCAAUUGCAUAGUGCAUGCCAGUUAAAUAAUCUUUUUUUUUCAAAAUGUACUUUUUCGCAGACGAUCGGAAGGAAGCUCAUUCAAAAGCUGGCACCCUGGCGUGAUUUAUAUAUGUUUGGAUUCUGCUGUGCGAUCAUUAACAUUACAACCCUACUUAAGUAAUCUCUUAAAAUCGAUACAUAUCUCAGGUCAAUAAUAGUGAAAAUACGAUUCCCAGGUGGCAUAUCAAAAGAAGAGGAGGCGUUCACCGGGAGGGUUUUAUUGGAGGUCUGGUAUUUCGAGUAAUUUCUUCGUCUACCCAUCUUCAGAGAGCUGCGCGCAUGACUUCGCAGUCUCUGAGGGUGGGUAGCCAAAACAACUACUCGAAACGUCAGACCUCCAGUAAACCUCUCCCAGUGAACGCCUCACCUUCUUUUGACAUAUCUCAGAAUUCCGGUUAACAUUUCACAAGAUAGCACCUCCACUGCGUGUGUUUGUGCUGAGCGACUCUUCAGCGCUUCUAUAGCCAGAAAACCAUCCCAGGCGCCUUAUUUACCCGAAUGUGCGUCGUCCGCAGCGUCCUCGACAGUUACUGUAAGGAAUGGCUACCACUCGCUUCCGCCGACUUUUGAAGUACGUCACGUUGCAGUUUCGCCGAGCCUAUGACCGCGGAUAUUGGGAUUGUCAUUUCUGGCCUGUUCGGCAGUCUGUCAUGCUAAGCACGAGGACCUGCAAUUUCCAACUCGACUCCGGUUGAUCCUUGAGUCCAGCGUUCUGCCAGACGCCCGCUGGGUUGCAAUAGUUACUCGGAAAAGUCAUGAGAGAAUACUGUUGGCCAGCCCGACCUGAUUGCAAAAUGCAGUAAAAGCGCUUCGCCGCGCGACCGCGCCGGGAUUGAAAGUAGGUUGCAGCUCCAAAGCGAAGCACAAACAGCCGCACUUAGUCCUUCAACCAUGAUGGUUCGGUCAACGCCACCUACCUCGGUAGUCUGCCCAUCUACCAGUGGUGUCAGCGCAUUCGAACAAAAACGAAUAACGGUUGCCGUUCUACUUUGUCGAUAAGCCACGCUGUCGAUCUUUUGGCUUUCUAAACGAUAAAAUCUUGGUCUGUUAGGUCCGAUGGACCGCUCAUCUCUAGGUUCACCAUGUGAAAAUGAAGAAAAUGUACCCUCCUGGUUUCUGCCGUCCAAUGGUACUGUCCUGAUAAAGUCUGCUUGGUUGUAGAUUGGUACCGGAGCAUGCAAAGGUGUUUUGUCUGCCGCUGCACCGCUGCUUGGAGGGCACUACGCAGCUUACGCAGCCUGAUCUUGGAAUUCGGAAGAUAGCCGGUAACUACUCCCUUGUUGUACGGCGUCUGGGAGCACGUCGAGUUGGUGUUUUAACCCUGCCAAUGCGUGUAACGCUAGAGAGAGUAGGGGUGGGACGGCUUCGUCAAUCAAUCACUGCGUCCAUUCUCAGUUUUAGUAGUCAUGGCUGCGGAGGGAGAAGCUGCGACAGAAGCUGCACGAGUCUCCACUACAGUCUGUUCCACGCUUACUUCUCCUAGCCUCCCUCUCCCCCUGGUAGUGGUGAUCUACGUCUGGGUCGCCUCGGAAGAACAAUAGCAUGUUUGUGCUAAGCUGCGCCAGGCUGCAUGCUAAUGAAUCAUCCUUCUUGGUCUUCCUGCGUUGCCCAUGACACAAAUGGAAAACCGCUAAAAUCUGACCAAGUUCCUAAUAAGGAGGGUGACUGUUGGACAUGUCGCGUCAACACUCGAUCUGGAGUUCAGUAUCCUCGCGACCAAUUAGCUUUUAGCACUUUAAUGGCUCUUUUGACUCGCUGCUACUUAUGACUGGGGGUUUAGUCCGCAAUGGCUCCUUCUUAAGGCAGCAUUUAGGAACCAAAUUAGGUGAUAUCCUAGUACCCCUCACCGAAGACUGGUUACUGUGGAAUUAGGAACGCGUUUGGUACGCGUAGACAUACAUUCAGUCCAUUUGAACAGUUCACCCACCUGUACUCUCGACUCAGUUUUGUCGACGGAACAGCCCAUACGGAAAAAAAUGUGAGGUAGCUGCGCCGAAGGCCUGCACCAUUAUAAGAAAUUUGCACGCAGGUUGUCAUUGUUUGCUCACUGGGACAGUGGUGGUUCUCGUUUUUUUUGAGAUCAACCAAAUUGUUAGCCUAUUACGACUUCCACCUUUUUCGGUUCGGGUGCGGUUCGUCGAGAGUAAGGAUGCAAACAUUCUGAUUGUUUACACAAAGGGCGCGUUCAGGCAAACUCUUCUGACGCGUACCGUUCGUGGCAUCCCUUCUUCAUCUUCUGCAGACCUUUUACCAAUACCGGUCUAAUGUGUGGCCCCUAGUAAGCUCUUGGUACUGUUUACCACCUUUUAAUGAUCAGUUUUUGCCUUCUUGUCGCCCUAUUUUAGACCAAAUUUCCCUCUCGACCUUCGCCCCCACCUACCGAGGACUUUCAAUUCUGAUAAAGAAUGUAUGUAUAGUUUUAGGAAAAUAAAGUUUGUCACUCUGAUCACUUAUUCUUCUCUCUUACCUGUUCAUCCCCUUUUCCCUCUCGAACCUGAAAAUUAGGUCCAAAUUCUGAACGGUGCAUGACUGUUUAUAUUUCAUGGUACUUAUUUUGGACUCUAUUGGGUUCCCCUGUAGGUAGGGGUCGUGGUGUACGAUUUCGGACUACCUUCCAGGGGACUCGGCUCGAGACCCCGCACUCGUCUGUCUAGUCUAGUCACUAGAACGCGAUCGUCUUAAGGUGAUUCAGUGAACUCUCUGAUGUGCAAGUCUCCCUCAUUUCAACCAACUUCAUUCGUCAGUCGCCAUUGUCUUCCCUGUUAGUACUGUUAGCCGCCGAUGACAAUUGACUAAAUACCAGGGAGGGAAGCAUUUGUAGGUGUACUAGGUAGCCAGUUUGAUGGAAUGAGAGCUAUUCCAAGUGUCAAACCGCAUGAAGUUCUUCAUUUCCCUCUGACGCUCAGGUCCCGUGGUCCCGCAAGGCUGUGCGAAGCUCACCAGCGACGCCUCAGCAACACAUCGAUUAGCUGACGUACCCGGCGUGUUUCCCCACUGUAAUGAGUUUUCUUUCAAAGUUUGCUCAAAUGGUAGGAGAGGAAACAGAACACGCCUGGGCAGCACGGACGCCACAUCAUCCAUUGAAAUGAGGCUCACCUUCAACCCUUGUGACUCAUAUCGGGAAUGAAAAGAACGCUCGAUACUGACGUUUGACCCAGUUUUCCCCACUAUCCUUUGCAAAGCAUGUUAGUUUGGUCACGCCUUCGUUAACUCAGGUGACCACACAGGCUAGUAAGCACUAUAAGCAGGACCAAGGUAACUACCCUCCUUAAACCCCACCUUCAGUGUCCGCAUCCCGGUCCAUUGUUGUUGCCUAGAUGGGUGCGUUUAACUUCCCCCUAGUUUCACGUGUGCACGUGAUGUUCGUAUAGUGUGUGGUCCUUAAAAGCAAGUGGCGUUGCAGCGUCGGGCAAACCUUUGUAACGCCCCCGAACCGGGGAUCUGGAGGGUGGCCAACUUGGGAGACAGUCUUGCCGACAGUCGAACUGCAGUGGCUUCGAUGUCACCUGACUGAUUCUCCUGCGUUAGCCAUCGCGGUACGUGCCUAUUUAGCCGGAGCGCCAUACCUUCGUAGAUGUCACAGUUGUGGCAUUCAACGUGUGCGCCUGUUGGGCACACAAGAAGCCCGCCUUCUAGUCUUCUUGACUGUGCCUUACUGCUAAAACACGUUGGACGAUAGUGAAACCAGCUCCACCAAGCCCUCGUCACUGCAAUCAAGCUCACCUUAUACUUAUCACGUCCCAGGUUGUUAUGUUGGUAAGAUGUGGUCUGGUAGCCCCACCUGAUGGACACACUACUGUUGGGGUUAGGGUUACAGGGUAGCGUUAGGGUUAAGGGUUAUGGUUAGGGGUUACGGUUGGGGGCCAGGACUGGGGUUAAAGGUUAGGAUUAGGGGUUAGCGCAACUAUUUCCCAAACACUGAAAGUGCAACCGCUCACCCUCAAUAGCAUUUCUUUUGCUUACAAAUUGGCCCCGUCGCCUGUGCGUUCCCCGGCUCCACCUGUAAAACCCCUAUUACCACCGGUCCCGUAUUAGAAGUGACUGGGGUUUGUUUACGAUAGGUGGGACUACAAAACCACAUCCAAGCCGUUAUGUUCCUCCACCAAAAAAACCACUAACGAUUUCCCCGGCGUUUGGGGAACGGGUAGUGAGAAAAAAGUUAUAUCCGUGGCGUUUCAGCCGAGCCCUCCCCCCCCCCUCCCCGGCUUGAUUGUAUUUUGGUAAAACUGUAGCACUUUCAAUGGCCACGCCCCGGUAACCGCCCUAAACGAUAGGCUAAACCUUACCAGGUCGGCCCGUUGUUUAGCCACGGGUAUGCGUAUGGAGACGGGGGAAGUUCCAAUCCGCCGAGCGGUCACGAAGACAAACUAACGUGUUGUGAUCCGUCUGCAGACCGAAAUUAGGUGUGCGAAUUGUUCUGCGUUGCUUCUACUUUCAUUUGCCUGGACGUGGUACCAUAUGUGGACAUCAAGAAGGGUAGGCGCGAGAGUUUACUCCGGUUUUUAUUGACAGUUGGACAAGCCUUCCUCCUGGGGACCGCGAGCCCACUUCCCACCGGUCUUUUUGAUUGCUGGACGGAAUACGAGCGUCAUGUUUUGCCUCGAGGCGUCAGUUCUGAGCUUCCGCAGAUAGCCAAAUAGCGACGAGCGUCUCCUCAAUUACCUAUUUUAGAAUCGGGUCAGGUCGGCUGAUAAGCGUAGUUAAUCUUCAAAUCACCACAUCGACUUAGUCUGUCGCCUGCGAGUCCGUUGCACUGCGGGCUGAGAACCCGUGUCUGCGGCUCCGACUCAUAGCAUUACGUAAGCUCUGUUCAAAACACACAUCUAAGGGUCCUUAACAUGGCAUAUCUCCGCGGCAAAGCAGCACAUCCAAAACCUUCUUGUUCCAGCCUCGCCUGUCCGCAUACACAAGUCACUCUUAGGUUACACAUGCGCCUAUUCGGUCACACGUGUAUACUUAGUAAAAAUUAGCAAAGAAUCGCAUUACUCAUGCAACCGUCAUGCGGUGCAGUUUGCUGCCAUCGAUAGGAUGAGUAUAAUGUCUUGUAUGAGGAAGUGCACACCUCACUUAUUAUGUGAGAAGCCUGUCAUUUGGCGAAAACUGGUCUUGCGGAGCAGGGGGCCAGCAAGUGUAUGACAUGCGCUCUAGGCUACUUCGCAUCAUGCUAGCCACUGUGCAUGAUCUUAUCAUCAUUUGGUUAGCGCAUUUGAGAGUGGGCAGAGAGAGAGAGAGAGAGAAGCGGAUGUUGGGGUAUCCACCCCCAUAAUGUAUCAUCACACUCCUCUCUCUGGUGCAUUUGACGCGCUUGGAUCUAUCGCAACUAGCUUUUAGUAGCGGCUCAGAAGGUUGCCAACUGACGCUUUAACACGGUCCCUUCUCAGAGCUAGACGGCGGUGACCCCUUCGUCAUAUAACUUUUAUGGCAUUCUGCCUUAUGUGAGAUCCGGGGUCGCUAACUAAAUAUAGCCGUGUGCAUGGGAAUUAGGCGACAGUCGGACCGUCGUUACCGACGAUGUUCACCGUGUGCUCCACUGAAAGGUGAAACAGGCACGGCGACUUGCGCGUGAAUUAGUUUAUAGUGAGUGUAGACUUGCGCAGCAUCUACCGCACUCUCUCUUCCCAUUCCCCACUGGGCCCGUUGUCAAGACAUAGUAAAGAACACCAGAGGCGGGCGAGAACGCAGGUGGCUGGCACGGCCGUACCCGCACCUUGGCGUUCCACUGCACACCCCCUGGUCCACACAGCAAAUGACCAGGAUUUUAACCAACAACAAAAGACUGGCUGGCGCCACCGAAACCGCGCCUAGGCGUGCCGUCACGCCUACUUCGGAUCCCAGGGAGUGGGAGUGCCAUAAAGGCCACGUUACGAAGGAGCCAUUGCGGCCUGACUCUUAGACUACCAGCCGGCUACUCCACGCAAACACACAACACUGGGCCGACUGCGAGGUCAAAGUUACCCCGCCAGUUGGCAACCAUCCAAACCACGACUUUUAACGCACCGUGAUAGCUUCAAGCACGUCGAACUUCUUAUAGUGAAGAUAAUGUACUGAGCCGUCGACCUCAUUUUCUCUUCGCAUUCCCAGGCCGCAGUCACUGUCCGAGCGGGGAAUGGCAAUUAGGCACCAGGCUGUGCGUGGCACUCGUUGACUGGCUGUUUAGCCUUGUUUGGCUCCCUUCCGGUCAUUUUGACUCUAUUUUGCUAUCGGAGGACGGUGGGUGGUAUGCAAGAAAAAGGUGAGUCUAGACGCAUCAAAAGUCUGCCUCACUGUGAACAAGUGCACACGCUAGUCACGCUGGACGUUGUCGGCAGUGGUCAAGUUAUCGUGUAUUUGGUUGUUAAUGUGUCAGGUCAGAGAUGUACGUUUUUGUAUGUCGCGAAUAAAGGUGAUGGUAGUAGGUUAUUACCGACAAAGACAACGGAGACUGGAAUGGCCAUUUCUGGCUUAUUAGCCGUCGUCAGCCAGCCAUACCCAAGCCCGAAGUGUGGAACACCCGAGCCUCGAACUCGCGACCUGUUGGUUUAGAAGUCCACGCCUCUAACCACUGGGCCACGAGCCCGUCGCCCCAUCGGUUUUCAAUCGGGAAUAUACAAUGGUAGGGGGCGGUCACUGAUCGCUUACACGUAACUCACUUGUUCCGUUGUGCCGUACGGCAGUCGUAACCAGCAGUCGCACAGCGGCGCAUAAUAUAGGCAGUAGGUUAUUACCGACAAAGAUAAGGGAGACGAGUGUGGAACACUCGAGGCGUGGACUUCUAACUAACAGGUCGCGAGUUCGAGGCUCGGGUGUUCCACACUUCGGGCUUGGGUAUGACUGGCUGGCGACGGCUAAUAAGCCGCAAAUGGCCACUCCAGUCUCCCUUGCCUUUGUCGGUAAUAUCAUAAUCCUGAAUCUUAACCACUCCAAACUUCUGUAGAGAAGACUAUCGCGAGUAGGGGAAAGAAAGUAGCCAGAGGGCAUCCGCUGUUGUAAAAAGGGGUUAACACCUCUGACCACCAUAACUUCUUCCUGGUUUCCUACUUCUGACAAGACCCCCUCUUUACAUACGUGACUGUGAAUGGCGAGAACCAGUUAACCACUGUAUAUUCCCGAUCGAAAACCGACAAGGCAACGGGCUCGUGGCCCGGUGAGUAGAGGCGUGGACUUCUAAACCAACAGGUCGCGAGUUCGAGGCUCGGGUGUUCCACACUUCGGGCUUGGGUGUGGCUGGCUGACGACGGCUAAUAAGCCAGAAAUGGCCAUUCCAGUCUCCCUUGUCUUUGUCGGUAAUAACCUACUGCCCAUAUCAGGCGCCGCUGUGCGGCUGCCAGUUGGGCUCGAGAGCGCCCGUAAGGCACAACAAAACGAGUGAGUUCGUAAGAACGAUCGGUGAGCGCCCCCUACCAAAGACGAUGGUCCAUAUUUCAGAUAAUUCGAUCAGCGAAGUGUCUUACCUUCGUAUCGCCUUGGGUACCGUUUUUUAAUGAAGCAAUAAAAGUGGUGAGAUGGUUAAUGGAGUAAGAGUGAGAUUGUACACGUCAACAAAUCGUCAGAUCAAGGGCAUGCACAAGUUUUGGAAUCCUGCUAAAAAGAGCUCCAUCGGUUGCAGGACAGUCACAUUAAGCCAUUCGAAAGAAGGGACUUCGUCGAGAAUGUCAACGGAUGCAGGGCUGGGGGAUUGUCGCGCCCCAUAUACUCACUGAGAUCUCUGACUACUGGAGGAGAAUAUGCACGCUGGAGGAAGGCCAUGAGUUCGACUUCGCCAACACGCGGAUAUUGGCGCGAGCCGGGGCGAGAACUGUUGGAGGCAUGGCUGUCGGACACCAACUCUAUCAAUAGACACAUUGAUUUGCCUGCGUGUUAUCACGCGCUCCGCCCACGCAGCCAGAUGGCGCAGCUCACAUCGCCGCGAAGUACAAACGGCGUCACCACUCCGGGCGACCAUUGUCGACCAGGCGGUACAAACCAGACCUAGCUACGGACGUAGUCCCCCCCCCCCCGCACGGAACAACGAUAUAAAUGUGCACUCGUUGCUGUACUCUAGCAGUCUCUGAUAAACUCCAGUUCGAGUUCGAAAGCUAAGGCCGGUAAAUCUUCUGUCCCAGUGAUUGUGACAUCAUUCUGACCGCGUAGACGAAGGCCGCUGUCCGGUGAUAGAGCUAAAGUAUUAUCUAGGGAAAAUCUAAUGUUCAUUUAUGAAUCCUUGCCUGAUGGCACUUCAGCGAUGACUUUCCAAGUUAUCUAUGAUGGGCAUAUUCGAAAAGGAUUAUUUAAGUAAAACCUUUGCCUUGUUAUGCGUUUUAGUCAAUUAUUCCCAAAACAAGACGGGAGAAGCUUUAGCUUCCUUGCAUGAAUUUGGGUCCUCUCAAAUUUUUGAAUUUAGAACCUAACCUAUCUUUUGAAAAGUCCCCCUAAUUUGUCUAUUUGUUGCAGCACUAUUUGCGUUUUCCCCCUUCUCAGGGCUACUCAGUUACAUUCUGUGCAUACUCUGUCAGGUCAUUUUUAUUAUCCUUUUCGUUUUGCUGUGGAGGAAUCUAUCGCAGCCGUCAUAAGACACCUGAAUAGAAGUUGGUCAGAGAGUCUGGAUUCGACUCCGAGGCUGUGCAAGCCUAGGCUCGGGUAAGCCCGACUGAGGAAGGCUAGUUAUCCUGAAAUGGCCAUCCCAGUCUUCCUGGUCCUUGUUAAUACUCCUUCCUUCCGCCAAACGCAUACCUGGGCGCAACGGAACGAGCAUGUUCCACAAGCUGGUCGACUUCUAGCCAGUACAUGUGUUAAACGUACGGUUUAAAUCACUGUCAUACAAAUUUAUAUCUCCAGUAGUACUCCAUGUUUGUAGAAUGUGUGUUGUUCAGUUAUUCCGCAGAAGUCAUUCGUCUUCUCACUCAAAUGUUCAUUGCAUUUUCGUUGAUGGCUCUAAAUAAGUAAUGUCUCGAACACUCAACUCCAAGUACCGCCCUUAAUAAUUUGUAAAUUUAUUAGCCUCACAUUUCUCUGGAGUUCAUAUGCCAGAAACUGGCAUAGGGAACGUUUGGGAAUCUAUUCUCUCGCCAUUGUGUCAUGUAGUGGCGGAGACGUCGGUGACACACGUGUAUGAGCUCCUAGCUAAUACCUAUGCUGCAACGAUCGGUGAGCCCCCCUACCAUUAUAUAUAUCCCCGAUCGCAACGGAGACAGGGCAACGGGCUCGUGACCCAGUGUUUAGAGGCGUGAAGGCAAGUUGCUCAAGCUUCCGCACUACUGUUUCGGCAAUUCGUCCAGACAGAUGUGAGCCUGUCUCUUUCACUUUUUUGUCGCGUUUGGGAGAUGAAGAACGUGAUAACUUGUCUGGGCCUCGGACCUUUAAGCCUACACAUGUAUGUAUAUGUAUACACUCUGGAAUGCGAGCACACCGAUCCGUUGGCUCCCCAAAGCAAACAAGGGGAAAUGGGUGGGGCGCCGAACAACCAGUACAGACAGAGCGGCGCCCUCCCGACUCAAGUGCCAAACUAGUAUCGAUUUUUGGCACGUUUAAAAUGUUAUCUCUUCUUAUGUAUUUUCUCAACGUCUGACAAAGACCUGAGGAACCAGCGCCGAAAAUGUGUCCAACAAACUCUCCUACGUUUUCCAAAAAACUAUCUUGCUUCGAAUCAUAUGUCUUGGAAUGCCUGCUUUACCGAUAAAGAUAAGGGAGACUGGAAUGAUCAUUUCUGGCUUAUUAGCCGUCGUGGGGUGUGGAACACCUGGCGCUCUACCAUUGUGUAUGCCCGAUCGAAAUCGACAGGACAACGAUCCCGUAGCUCAGUGGCUAGGGGCUUUGGACUUCUAACCAACAGGUCGUGGGAUCAAGCCCCAGGUGUCCCACACCUCGGGGUGGGUAUUACUGGCUGAUGACGUCUAAUGAGCCAGAAAUUGCCAUUCCAGCCUCACCAGAGAAUGUCAACACGAAAAAUCGGUCUAUGCGUGCAUGGAGUCAGUCUUUGCUGAAGAACUGAUAAAAAUGACUGUCUGCGGUCACAUUCUAAUGGAUGUUCUAGUCAAUAAAUUUACCCCCUCAGAACCACACCCACCCUGCGCUCUCAUGCUCCUUCUACCCCUUUUCACCGCCUGCGGUCAGAACCCAGAAUGGUGAGCUUGGAGUCCAACACGUCAGAGACUCCCUCAGCCGUGCGAUCCUCUCGAUCUGUGAAAUUUUCGACCACCUUGACUUGCACCAAAGAGGCCGCAACUGCCGCCCCAGAUGGUAAGUCUGGAAAGUCUGCCGCACAGCCAAAGUCCUGUCUCAAACGCCCUGCUGAGGUCAGUGAAGCAGACGUUGACAUUGACAGUCAGCCGCCCUCCUCAGUCAGUAAAAAGGCCAAAAAGAGUCUUAACGCACGGAAACAUCUCAAGUGGCUGAAGCGCAGAAAAAGGAAAAUUCGUUCAAGGAAGGCACGAAAGACGGCGGCUGCUGCUGCUGCUGCCAAGACGGGCGAUCGACUGCAGGAUGCGCUUGCAUACCUCACCGACUGGUACGAACACCCUGAGACGUGGAAGUUCAAGAAGCUCCUCCAGGUCACCCUCAUCAAGCACGCCUUCGACGCCGAGCUGGUGAGUUUAGAUGUCGCCUAGUUGUCCAUUUGGAGUGAUGUUUGCAACCAGCAGGCCUCCUCAACCUGACUACUUCUCUCUCUCUCACGUCGACAGAUCAAUGAUGAUGUGUUUGAACUCUUCCUCCACUAUUUGGCCGGAAUGCAGGGAAAGUCGAUAGAUCGACUGACCGCGCUGUGCCACCGCCUGAUAGAGAACAAGGGCAAUGCUGUUGAUCCCUCAGACCCUGUCGUCCCUCGCCCCUCCGUCGAGGCGGUCUCUGCAUCCGCUGAUUGUGUGUCACCGACAGAUUACCCCACCGGUAAUUCCUCCUUCCAAGCCCUCUUUGUUGUCCUGCCUUCUACUUAUUUACCCAAUCACAGGUAUAAUGAGAGAAGCUCGGAGAACUGUGAUGUGGUUGUCAGGUGUAGAAAUGAAGGAAGAGUCCAAAAGCGAACCCCCGGCUUCCCUGCCAUUGAUCGUUCCCCGUUGUUGAGUUAUUGCUGGAAGAAUUUUUAAGCAAACAAUAGGUCGGAUCGUUGAUUAACUGUGCUGGCUUUCGCUUGUCUGACCUCACCUAUUGCCUCUUUGGCUAGCUUUCUGCUCGCUUGGCGGAUUCGUCCUUCAUGAUUAACGAAGUCCGUCAUUCUGCCGAGGGUGCAGUAGUAGUGGCCUGCGUACGAAUUGAUUUUAUGUGAAAGUGAUCCAUGCUACCUCUGCCGCCUCCACGUUCGCCUUGUCCCGUUUGCGAUGCAGGUCUUGGAUGUUUAGAAAUGGUGUGAACGUUUUGGCUGAAUCCGCGUCCAAAGUGCUCGCACACUUGCUGUUCCCUACACGUUCUCGCGGAGCCUAACAGGCAGAGUUGUCAUAUGGACCACAUUAAAGACUAGCCAUUGCGGCAUGACUCUUAGUCUGUGGGAGGACCAACUUUUCCUGCCAGUUGACAACCCUCCAAGCCACGACUUUUGACGCGUCAGGGUAGUUUAUUAUUCGUUGGGUUGUUAAGUUGAGGAGCCAAACGCUGGAUCUACUUUGAAUCUCUCUCUCUCUUCUCUCCUGGUGUAACAGCGUCAAGCCUGAGACCUGGAGUGGGUACAGAGUCUCCGUCCGGCCUCCAGCGAUGCAGUCAGUUUUAGGGGCCUGUCUAAUAACUUGCGCACCGUUGAAAGCAAAUUGGUGACUGUGUUCAAGGCAUUCCGCUCAUUUCCACUUCUCACCGACAAUCCCUGUGCCCACAUUCGCGUCACCAGUCUUUUAUUAGCACGACCGGACGACUGAUCGUCCCCGCGGUCCCGCUUCUGUGUCUGCUUUUAUUGGUCUUUGUAUGUGUUUCUCAAUUUUCGUGGUUUUUCUGACACAUCGAGACUCGUGGACGAUGUCACCUGGCCGUAAGUUAGUGAGUUAGUAGUUGUCCCCAGCCAGUCCUAUCCCAACCCCAGGUCUUAAUUAGUUGGGGUUCGGGCAAGGUUCUGGUAUGUAACCCUCUUGGGGAGACCGUAGUGAGCUGCAAACCUAACGCCAACCAUGUUCAUGCCCUUAGUAGGAAAUCUCUACCUGGUAGGCAUUUAAAAAAAGUCGUACGUAACCGUAGCCGUUAGCUGAGCCCUAAAACUCACUCGUUCCGUUGUGCCUUAUGGGCUCUCUUUCGAGCCCAACCAGCAGCCGCAUAGCGGCGCAUGAUAUAGGCAGAAUGGCGUUACCGACAAAGACAAGGGAGAUUAGAAUGGCCAUUUCUGGCUUAUUAGUCGUCGUCAGCCAGCCAUACCCAACGCCGAAGUGUGGAACAUUCUGCCUAUAUCAUGUGCUGCUGCUGGUUCGGCUCGAGAGAGAGCCCAUAAGGCACAACGAAACGAGUGAGUUCCGUAAGAACGAUCGGCGAACGCCCCCUACCAUUUUAUAUUCCCGAUCGAAAACCGACAGGGCAACGGGCUCGUGGCCCAGUGUUUAGAGGCGUGGACUUCUAACUAACAGGUCGCGAGUUCGAUCCUCGGGUGUUCCACACUUCGGGGUUGUGUAUGACUGGCUGACGACGGCCAAUAAACCAGAAAUGACCAUUCCAGUCGAACUUGUCGUUGUCGGUAAUGCCAUCGAUAACGCUUUUGGAGGUCAAGAUUCCGCGACCUACUGUCUGACAAACUGUUUUGAAACAGACCAAUCACAGGGGGGGGUUACAUACCCUAACCUUACCGAACCGACAUUUGCGUGUACCACAGGCGUGCUGAUCCCCCACACACCCACAAGCUGCAGUUUAAUAAAGGGUCACGGGUGUCACAUUGAUGAUAGUUGUCGUCAAGGCCUCAUUGGAAAAAACCUACUGCAGCCAGACGCGCAGUUCGGAGAAGGACGUCCCGUCCCGUCUGGUAGCCUUUAUAAACUAACCGCUGAACAGGCCUGAAGAAAGUGAACUGGGAGUCUACCUUGUUCUACCCCUUCUCUCCCACGGUCUGCUUCACACCCGUUUGCCCACUUUAAGUGUAACCCUUCAACCUGGUCCGCUUUGAGAAUUAAAAUUUAAUGUAUGCAAAGGAGUCAUUGUUUGUGGAUCUCAGCAGUAUCCAUUUGUACGUAUGGCCAUAUCCAGUGUUAUUUAUUGACCCUAUUGUCGCUCUGAGUGGGGAGCAACUGAUUUUCCGUCUAGUCAACAAGCCGGUCCAUUAGUUUAUUAGAUCACAGAUGACUUCCAUGAGUUUGGGACAUUAUUUUUGAUUCACCUCCCAUGGUAUUGGUAGUGAAAUACCGGUUCACGUACGAGCCUUUACGCCGACAACUUCGUAGCACUUUUUGAAGGGUCCCGCCUAUCCCACCUCGGGUCGUGGAAGCCGGAGUGCCCUUAGAAACCACCAAACACGAUACUUGUUGUGUGGUUAUGUGUAGUGCUAUGUUUUCCUACGAAGUUUAACGUCAUUUUCACUGUGCUCCUCCGUCCCUCCUCAAACAUCACUGUCUUGAGUCUUGGGUUCAAAUCACGCGAGGGAACCACUAGGCUUAGCGGUCCGCAGCGACGCCUGUGCUUCUGGCUUCCCUCCUAGCUAAUCUAUGCCCCUCACCCGAUUUCCAGCUGUCAAUUUUACCUCCAUUGUGCGGUUUAUUGUGAUCUCAUUCGCGAAGCGGAAAGUUCCAGGCCCCAUAGUCACACUUCCUCCCUUUGUCUCCUUGGAAAAAAAAGUCAACAAGUGUUGCGUUCUGGUUUGAACUUGGGCUGUUGGUUAAUAAAAUUUAGCACACCUAGUCUACGUGAAUUUCAACGCAGCCUAGUGCACACAUUCUUUUUAUCGUCCCUUUUUUUCCUCGUGGGGUGUUGCGAAAUUGGGUGUGCCAGUACCUCCGCUAAUCAGGUCGCCUCUCUCUCUCACACACACACACCCGCCCAUUCUAGCCGCAAUCUCGGAGAUUUUCUCGUUGCCAUAGCACGGCGUUGGGCUGUGGAAGCCGCUGCGCUUUGGCAGGCUUGACUAGGUUGGACAUUGGCGUCUGGGUCGACAACUGUUUUCUCCUCACCUCCGCAACGGGGCGGGGCUUUUUUGUUUACAUUAAGCCCCUUUGGUAGGAGAGGUAGAAACUAACCCUGCUGUUUCCGGACUUCCAAAGAUGUCUACUGCUAGGUAAGGUGUGUGUUUAUAGGGUCAUUCUGAUACCUGGGCUGGACAAAGUGAUAGUACGCAUGAGCCCUAAAACCAAGAACUUCCAUUCUAAGAAAUACGACGAAACACUCCCCCCGUCCUUCUUUUCUGCAAGUCUGUGCUAUUUAAAGAUAGCCAGGAAGGGCUCUUGAGUUACUGAAUCCUUGAGGGAAAAUGCCUACAUAGUGUGCUUUUUGAAAAUGGGCCUGUGCUAUGCCUGACAUGGGAACGCCCUAUAACACCUACCCGGUAGGGUCCGAGCCUCAUCACUUGAAAUCACAAAAUGUACCGUCAGCUUGAAGAUACCGUUAAUUUGGCACCACAAUGGCAAUAAGUAAAAAAUUAAACCCCAUGACAUCUCAUACAGCGUUAUUUGCUGGUCCCCUUACCAACGAAGGACCCCUACAACCACCAAGGGUGUUCACAUUUGAAAGGCCGUCGUAGUAUGUUAUUACCGACAAAGGCAAGGGAGACUGGAAUGGCCAUUCCGGGCUUAUUAGUCGUCGUCAGCCAGUCAUACCCAACUCCGAAUUGUGGAACACCCGAGGCCGAAACUCGCAACCUGUUAGUUAGAAGUCCACGCCUCUAACCACUGGGACACGAGCCCGUUGCCCUGUCGGUUUCGAUCGGGAAUAUCCAAUGGUAGGGGGGCGCUCACCGACCGUUGUUACGGAACUCACUCGUUCCGGUCGGUGAAGCCAUCCUAACCUUAGUUGCCUUUCUUUAAGCUAACGGCUUCCGUCUCCCAUGUAGGCUCUAAUACUUUUCCCAGACAAAAUGGCCCGGGGAUUUCAUCCCUCAUAGCCCUUUUGUAGGGCAAUUAUGUCAUCUCAAAAUUGUACACUUUAGAGGCGAUAUAUUGUAUUUCAGGACAAUUUUUAUAAUUUGGACACCUCAGGCGUCUGACCAAUAACUAUUUCUUGUAAUAUUUGCAUUUGUUGACUCAGUUCCCAAGGCCUAUUGAUGGUGACUAAUAUACUCAAUUAUGGUAAUGGUGGAGGAGCGCUCACCAAUCGCGUUAGGGGACUCACUCGUCGCAUUUUGGCUUGGGGUUUAAUCUCAAGCCCUGCCAGCAGCCGCUCAGUGCCUAGUAUUACUGGCAGAAUAACAUUGCCGAGAAAAACACGAGAGACUGAAACGACAAUUUCUGUUUUACUGGCCGUCUUCAGUCAACCAUUCCGGUUUCCCUUGUCUUUGUCGGUAAUACCAUUCCUCAUGUAUUACUAGUGGUUCCAGAUAGAACCUCAAGGUACAAGGGGACGAACUGGUCCCCCGAUUAGGUUGGGGAGCGCUCUCUAUCGUUGUUGAUGUACCCGAUCAUAAUCGACUUUGAGCCCGUGACCCGAGGUAGAGCAUUGGACUUCUUAACUAACAGAGCGCGGAUUCGAUCUUGUGGGGGUUGCAAGCAAGGGCUCGAGCGUGGCUAGCCGAUGAAGGCCGAAAAUAGCCAUUCCGACCUCCUUUGCCUUUGCGGUAAUAUCAUGCCAAUUAUUCUAUAUGGUUUGCUAUUUUCAGGGCAUUUUACGCCAAUCGCUGAAAACAGUGAGGACAUUUAGAGCGAAACCCCUUUUUAAAAAAUUUCAGAUUAUUAACAGUUUUUGUCGAAGAUGCUUCAUUUUUCAACCAGGCCUAAGAUUGCUGCCACUUUUACCAAGCCUACUACUUACAGUAGGUGUGCUAACGCAUAAAAUGUCAACCGAAAUUCUGAAAUGCGUUUUGAUUCGAGAAGGUUACGAAAGUAAGUUUUUAAAAUUAUUCAUCAUGUAGUAUAAUUCUAUAAUAAUGCAGUUACCUCGGGAAGCCGACUUUGGAACGAAUUUCUUUCUGGCCGCAUGCAAAAAGCACACUGUAAAAAAUGGCUGUUUAUGUAGCAUUGAUUUUUCUCAUUGAUUUUCGACGCUUUUAAGAAUUCAAUUAUAUUUCAUAGAAAACGUGAAUAAAACUAUUCAUUCUUGUACUCACUUGGUAGAAAAUUGCGUCUUCUUCCAAUUUUAUACUUGAAGAAAGGGUAUAAUACUGUUUUAAAAAAGUUUCUAGUUAAUACCGUGAAAUGCUUGUUCAUAAAACAUCGUGUCUCUGCAUUUACUAGCGUCACCUGUAAAAUUUCCAAUAGACUCAAAUACACUACCAAAUUUUAUUAAUCCCAUAUCGCUUCCUCAUAAUGCCGAAGAGAAAGAUAUGGUUUUCCGUACGCAGGAAAUAUACGGUUCGUAGUAUGCAAGUAUAACGACAGGUCGGCUUUAAAAUUAUUUGGGAGUUGAGAAAGUGUUUUAAAACCGAAUUAUACCCUUUCUUCAAGUAUACAAUUGAAAGAUGACGUAAUUUUCUGUCGAACGAGCAAAAGAAUGAAUAUUUUUAUAGAUCCUUUGCAUGAAAUAUCAUUGAAUUCUUAAGGGCAUCAAAAAUCAAUAAGAAAAAUUCAUGCUACUUAAGUGGUCAUUUUUUAGAGAGUGUGGUUUUUGCAUGCGGCCGGAAAGACGUUCGUUCCGAGGCCGGCUUCCUGAGGUAACUGAAUUACUAUAGAAUGAUGCUGUAAGGUGAUUAGUUUUAAAACUGUACUUAAGUAAUCUUUUCGAAACGAAAACUCACUUCAGGAUUUCGGUCAACAUUCCAUGAGCCAUCACACCUACUGUAUGCUUGGGGGGUUUUCACGGAGUAAAACCGCCGUAGUUGAAUGCUAAAGUUGUUUUUGGGAUGUUUACCUGCCAGCGUUUAUGAAAUCAAUUCUGAUCAAGGCAAGCUGGAGGAUAAAUCGAAAAGCGAAGUCCGGCACCUGCGAAAUCAGGCACCCUUCCCUGACCUCUCGGACUCACGCACUGUUUAUGCCGAGUCUGUUUUAGGAUUCUCUUCGCUUAUGACGACGACUUUGCGUCCUUUAGGCUUGUUCGAGCUCUGCUUGUUGAAUAAUUAAGUUUUCCUGGACAAUUUAGCUAUCUCUUAAAUAUUUACUGUGUUCUGACGGAGUCAAAGUUAUGAUGGACGCUCAUCAAGGAAUAAGCGAUUCGCGAUCCUUCGGUUGCCGCAGCGUACCCCAGCCAUGCGCUCCUGUAUUCAUGCUGCCAAGUUACUACCCGUUUGACUCGUGUAAUUAAUGGAUCAUUUACCGCAUAUGAUGUAAGAAACUGCUGAGGUUUCGGCUGGUCAGGCAAAUGCAUCGAACACCCCCGGAAGUCUAACUUUCCUCAUCGUCUGAGUUGUUUCCUGCGGCGCGUAUCUUCUUACUCUCCUCGCGUUCUGCACUUUGCCUCGUGGCAACUUACCCCCAGGCCCCAUUUCUGUUUGUCAUAGGAAUUUUACUCGGUUUUGCCCGGGCUUCAGUGCACACUCUGAAACACUGUUUUUCUAGAAAACACUGUAUAGGAUUUUUACCGGUAGGGAACAAGCACUCAGUGUGAUGAGUUGCAAGCAAUAUAGUUCAUCUUCAACAGUCCUGAAAAGUCUUCGGAGUGGGUCCUUUCGCCCCGUGAACCUUGUUUUUUAAUGCUCGCCUCUCUGAUCGAGGUUUCCUCCUAUCGGUCUGACCUCUGACUAUUAUAGCUUGCGUGUUUGACGUUUAUUUACUGUUUCCUUUUCAGAUUCUGCAAUUAUUGUGAAUCGCGCCAAACGCAUGUUGGAGUUUCUCCAGCCACCAUGA